AUGUCUAACCCAACGGACUUUUUAGCUGAGUUUGAUGACGGAUUGGAUAGUGUGGUUGGUAAUGAUAAUAUGAAUGGUAGUUCAUCUGUAGCAUCAUCAUCAGGACUUAAGAGAGAUUUAACAGAGUCUGGUGUUGCUCUUCAUCAUGAUGAAGACGGAUCAUCACAAUUUAAGAAAACAAAAUUAUCUACAACAAUACCCGUUCAUAGUAAUUGGUUUAACCUUGAAGGAAUCCAUCAGAAUGAAAUUAAUGGUCUUCCAGAAUUCUUUAGUGAGGGGAAAAAAGCAGAAGUAUACGUGAAUAUUAGAAACAAUAUAAUUACACAAUUUAGAAGAAACCCUGAUGUAUAUUUAACAACAUCCGAUUGUAGAAAGAUAAUCAAUGCCGAUAUAACUUCAAUAAUUAGAGUAUAUUCAUUCUUAGAACAUUGGGGUUUGAUUAACUAUGGUUUAGAUCCAAGAAAUCGACCAAUUAAAUUAAAUCAACCUUUGGAAGAUGGAAGUGAUGUACAAGUACAUAAUUAUACAAAUGAUGGUCAAUCAUUAACUGAAAAAUUCUAUUGUUUCCAAAGUAAUAAUCAAGAACCAAAGAGAGAACCUAAGCCUACUCCACCAAUCUCAAAUUGGACAGAUCACGAAAUUUUGAAACUUUUAGAAGGUGUCGAAAAAUUCAAAGAUGAUUGGGAAAGUAUUGCUAGACAUGUUCAAACUAGAUCUAAAGAAGAAUGUGUUCUUCAAUUCUUACAAUUACCAAUUGAAGAUGAAUUCCUUUUAGAACAUGAUGGUCUUGAAAAUUCUCAAUAUCAAGAUUUGCCACUUCCAUUUGCUGAUGCCAGUAAUCCAAUAAUGCACACAGUUGCCUUCCUUUCCUCAACUGUCAGUCCUUCUGUUGCUGCAGCAGCAGCUGAAGCAGCCCUCAACAAAAUUAAAGAACAAUCAGGAAUUACUGAAGAAGUCAAAACAAAUCCACAAUUUGAUAUUUCAAAACUAGAUGUACAAACAGCCUCAAAUGCUGCUAUAGGUGCUGCAGCUGCUAGAGCAAAAGAAAUCGCCACUAGAGAAGAAAGAGAAUUACAAAGACUUGUUGCUUUUGUAAUUGAACAACAAUUGAAGAAAUUAGAAAAGAAGAUUAAAUAUUUUGAAAAGUUAGAAAAAGCCAUGCAACAAGAACGAGAGGAAUUAGAAAAGGCCAGAAAACAAUUGCACGAUGAAAAGAUGCAAUUUGCUUCUGGAUCUAGCUCAAACCAACAAUAA